AUGGAGCCAUCCUCUAGCUGCCCCGAAAUAUCCCCUUCCAUCGAGAGAUCUUCUGAUCCCGCUACUAUGGUGCCGCCUUCUGACUCUUUAGUGGAUCUACCUCCUCCGUCUCUUUUCAACUAUGCAGAACACAGGGUGCUUGGGGACGAAGACGAUGUCAAGAUCUACUCGAUCUGUCUAGACAGGUACCUCGAUGAAAUGGACGACGAUCACGAGGCUUUGACAGAGACAUGGCUUGCGAAGGCUAGGAUAUACCAGCGCCCCACCCUUUUCCCCCGCGCCGGCAACAAGUUUACAAUGAGAGGCCGUCACCACCAGUUUAGUCGAGCAACAACCAAGCCAAGGGAAGAUCCAUUCGCAAAAAUCAAGCACCAGAAGAACGCCCGCACGAUCACUCUCACCGGAAAGGCUUUCUCGCAGCUCAAACCUAGAGGCGAGACGAUCACUACCUCAGCUCGCAUCUCAUCAGCAAAGGCCAUCUCGACCGAAGUUCCAAACUACACUCACUACACCAGAGUCAGCGGGAACGUCCUAGGAACAAACACUCGGCAACUACAAGUCUGGCCAUACUUUGGAGAAGACGUUGACGACGAUGGAACCAUACGUGAGAGGUUCGAUGUCAUUGUAGAGGAUCGCCCUCGCAAGGUUCUCAUCUCACAGCAAGUCAGUACUUACGGCCCUUACUUUGAGGCAUUUCUUGAAGAGAUCGAUUGCCCUAUGGACACCAUCCUGAAAUAUCUGCUUGAAGCAUCAGAGGGGCCCGAUGGCCUGCUGUCCAGAUUGACGAGCUUUACGGAUGAACCUGGAUUCGCACGGAACAUGAUACGCGCCAAAGACAAAUUCUGCAAAGACGACUUUGAUCGAACAAGCCAAAGAUGGGUUUCUGUAGCCUCAAGUCUGCCGGAGAUUGAUGACGAAACCUUGUGGAAAGCUGCUGUCGUCUGCCACACUUUCUGGAUCCGGACAAACUUCAGCCCCUGGCAGAUUGCACGAAAAUACGCCAAGUUUCCUAACAACAACAUGAUUGAAGGCCUUGUCACUUUCGACCAAGCAAAGAAUUACGCCAGCGUGGCCUGUAGUAUUUGUCAGCUCCACGAUUGUCCUUUUCACGGCACCAUCCUCGAAAGACCAGAAGCUAAAGAAGAGAGCGACGAAGAAGACGACGCCAACUCUGUGGACGCCCUGGACGUUGAUUACCCACCGAGAGUCAAUUUCAAGGAACUCGCUACAGCUCCUCUGGACAGAGAACCAUCAGAACAGACCUCACAAGCUCAACCUAAGAAAUCUCUUAAUUGGUGGAUGAAUGAGGCCAACAGCGUGACCUGGGAUCACAGCCGACGUGGACCCUUCUUCCCUUGCAGUCAUCCAGGAUUAUCAUGUGAGGAUGCGCAUUGUACAUGCUUCGAAGCAAAGAUCUGUUGCGAGAAGACUUGCGGGUGUUCGAAGAACUGUAGCCGACGCUUCCAGGGAUGCUCUUGCGCUAGACGAACGAAAUGCUGCGCCCAAGAUGAGUCUUGCAGAAUGCUACAAGAUGAAUCGAGAGUGCGAUCCAGACCUCUGCGACUCAUGCGAAGCGCAUGUCAUCCUGAAUCCAGUCAACAGGUACGACGAUGA